GUACGGCCGCUCACGUUCUCACUUGAGAGGGAAAUAUAAACGGAACUGGACUUGUUCUCGUCAUUAAACACUCUUCAAAAAUCGGCAAACAAGUGGGCAAAGCGAGUAAUACAAAAAUGCAGAGAGCUUCCCGUUUGAAGAAAGAACUUGCAAUGUUGACCAACGAACCACCUCCCGGGAUCACAUGCUGGCACAUCGAAGAACGCAUUGACGACUUACGGGCCCAGAUACUUGGCAGUGCUGGAACUCCAUAUGAAGGUGGAGUCUUCUCCCUGGAGAUAAAAAUUCCAGAGAGAUACCCGUUUGAGCCACCCAAAAUGCGAUUCUUGACUCGCAUCUACCAUCCGAACAUCGACACUGCAGGACGUAUCUGUUAUGAGGCUCUCAAACUCCCUCCAAAGGGAGCCUGGAGGCCUUCCUUAAACCUCUCCACACUUCUUACCUCCAUCCAACUUCUAAUGGCUGAACCGAAUCCAGAUGACCCUCUCAUGGCUGAUAUAGCGUCGGAGUUCAGAUACAACAAGCGACUCUUUCUGCAGAAGGCCAGGAAAUGUACAGAGGAACAUGCUGUUCAGAAGAUGACGGGAAUCUUGGAGAGCAGCAACAAAGACAAUGUCCCAAAACAGAAUGCGCCAUCACACAAAAGAACGUCUUCUGAUGCAGAGCAGGAGCCACACGAGCAAGCAAAGAAGACCGCUGUAUAGUUCCAACUGCCUUUGUUUUAGCCACGUUCUUUGACACAGCACUUUCAGUAUAUUUGCAUGGUUUUAAUUUUUCAUUUUGCUGUUUGAGAUGUAUAUACAUAUAUGUAUGUUUGCGUUUUAAUAAAUAUACUUUACGGUG